UGCAGAAAGCUAAACCGGCCCAUGUAUGAUCCUCGUCCAAAUUCCGCCGGCCCGGCUAGGUCCAUUUGAACCACACGUUCUCCCCCUCUGUCCGCGCCACACCAUCUUAUUUCCCUCUGCGUGGCACCUAAAUGAAUCGACCGCCUUCUCGCACCUUCACCCUGAAACAAACUCUCUUUCUCUCUCUCUCUAUACACAGUGAGAUAACAAGGAACAUCAUUCUUCGGUAAACAUAUUUGCCCUUCUAUAGUCGUAAUUGCAGGUCAUUCAUGGCUUCCCUUGCCGUCUCUCUCUCCGCACCUCCUUCUUCAUCGUCUUCCUCUCUUUCAUCUCCUUUUCCCAUUUCCUUUACAACCAACUCUCGGAAACCAUCAAAUCGUCUUCGAUUAGGCUUUCUAAGGGAAUCAACCUCACACCAGAGGCGGCUGUCCGCGAAAGCAUUGCUCGAGGAAACAGUUGUGCUUGGGCCUUCAGAGAAGGGGACCCAGGAACCAGAUGCCAACCUCAUUGCCUCGUUGAAGCUCAAACUACUCAGUGCUGUUUCUGGACUGAAUAGAGGUCUGGCUGCAAAUGAAGAAGAUUUGAUAAUAGCAGACUCUGCGGCAAAGGAGCUGGAGAAUGCAUGGGGACACGUUGAUCUCGAGUCUGAUCUCGAUAAGUUACAGGGAAGAUGGAAACUGAUAUAUAGUAGUGCAUUCUCAGCUCGCACGCUUGGUGGGAGUCGUCCUGGACCCCCAAUUGGAAGAUUGUUGCCCAUAACUCUAGGCCAGGUUUUUCAAAGGAUUGAUAUACUAAGCAAAGAUUUCGAUAACAUAGUGGAGCUCCAACUUGGCACCCCAUGGCCGCUACCACCUGUAGAAGUGACUGCUACAUUAGCCCACAAGUUCGAACUCAUAGGGUCUGCAAAAAUAAAAAUAGUGUUCGAGAAAACUACAGUAAAGCCAACCGGCAGCUAUUCGCAGCUACCUCCACUGGAUAUACCCCGGAUACCUGAUCAAUUAAGGCUGCAAUCGAAUACUGGUAGCGGAGAAUUUGAAGUUACAUACAUCGACAGUGAUACUCGCAUAACUAGAGGAGACAGAGGAGAGCUAAGGGUAUUUGUGAUUUCAUAGGUUUGCAGUCUGUUGUGUGUGUUCUUGUUCGGAUCCUUCACUUUCACUGUACCCCAGUCUAUGAUCGAGGCAUUUGGCCCUUGUCAGAGUCUGUAUAAUUGCAGUCUAUGAUCAAAGCAUUUUGCCCUUGUCAGGGUCCUCUUUUUUAGUCCGUUACUCAUCUGAGAAUGUUCUUUCUGUAUAAUUGUAAAUAAUCUCUGUAAACUUGUGAAAGAUGAUGAGUUAUUACAAUUGUUGAUGAGAUUUUUGGUCA